GAAGUCGACUUUUGGCGAGUGCUCCACUUUGUGGACACAAAAACUGCGAAAUCGAGGAGAAGGACAGCGCCCAGAAUAACUAUAGAGAAGUGUACGGAGGAGCAUCGUGUUGGGAUUGUGGCCAAACUCCCCGGCCCGUCGGACCUUCAAAGAGAGGACAUGUCCUUUGGUUUGUUGAAGGCCCAGUGCUACAGUCAGCCCUGCCAGCAUGCCCCAGUAGUGAUAGGACCCCUUCGGUCACCAGCGCUGUUUGAUCCAAGAGAAACGUGCCUUGUAAGGAAGCAGGAUGUUCACAGGCUCCACCAAGCUGCCCCCCGCCAAAACCCCCCAGCCCGAGCGACUGGAUGAGGUGUACGCCGCCUUACGCCGAGGCUUACAGUCAUACCUGCAGGUCCACCAGCUUGAGCUGGACACCCUGGGCCAGCAGAUCCGAGAAAACAAGAGAAACGGUCGACUGGGAUCUUUGUAUGAACAGGAUAAGCAAGUGAAAGCCAUAGAGAGAUUCAUGCGUCGUUUGGAAUUCCACCUCAGCAAGGUGGAGGAGCAAUACGAUGCUUACUGCAUACAGCGGCGGCUUCGAGAUGGUGCCAGUAAAAUGGUGGUGGCCUUUAACUCUGCCACUGGGAGCAAAGAGGCCAGGGAGAGCCUGAGUGAGGCCAACAGAGGCUUUAGGGAAUGUACAGAGCACAUGUGCUCGCUCGAGAGCGAACUGGAAAGCCACAUGGGAGAAUUUCAUGUCAAGAUGAAGGGCCUUGCCGGCUUUGCGCGGCUAUGUGCGGGUGACCAAUAUGAGGUGCUCAUGCGCUACGGGCGUCAGCGCUGGAGGCUACGAGGGCGCGUGGAAGUCAGCAGCAAGCAGAUAUGGGACAGCGAAGAGUACAUUUUCCUGCCUCUCGUCUCUGAACUUUUGUCCAUCAAGGUGACUGAGCUGAAGAGUCUGGCCAAUCACGUGGUGGUGGGUAGUGUGUCCUGCGAAAUGCUCGACCUGUUCUGCCCACUCCCACAGACCCUUGCUGUGGAUAUUAAUGACCUGGGAACAGUUAAGCUGAACUUGGAAGUCACAUGGAGUCCUUUUGACAAGGAUGACCAGACAUCGUCCUGCAGUACUGUUUCCAAACGGCUGUUGUCCAAUCAGAGCCCUCCAGACACACCUUCCAUGCGGGAACAAGUGUUUUAUUCUCUGCUGAAGCGGCAGGGAGAGCUGGAUAACGGUACCGUCUGGUCCAACUCCUCCGAGUCUUCCGACGACUCGUCCAGUCCGGCCUUGGCCCACCACGCUCAGAGGCUGUCGGCCUCCAACGUUCCGCAUACCAGCGUCCCCGCACCGCACAAGUCCAGCGCCUCGACGCCGUCGCUGUCGUCCAAUCAGGAGGAGGAUGAGAGUGAAGCGGGCGAGGUUUUCUCCCCGAAAGACUCGGUGCACAACGGCCACCUGCAGAUGUCCUCCUCUCAGAGCAGAGUUGGCGAGUCCGGCCCGGAAUGUACUGUGACGACUGACAGACUGUCUGUCCAAUCGGCUGAGGUUCUGGAAACCUCGACGGAGCUGAGCCACUCGUGCUCCGACGUCUCCUCCACUGCUGUCGAGUCAUUCGAGAAGACGGACCAAUGUCCGGCCAAAGAUCCGGCUGAGGACUCGAUAGUCCGCAGCGGAGCGGUGACUGCUGAGGUUGAAGGACCAAGUCAGAUGGCUCAUGAUUCAAAACAGUCUGAUUUAGCUCCAACUGUCCCUUUUCCUACUUCUUCCAGUUUCACUCAGGAAGUGGAGACUGCUCUUGAGAGUUUUGACUUCCUCAACUGCUCUGACCUGGAGGAGGAAGAGGACGAGGCUGAGCAUCAAGAAGAGGCUGAGCAUCAAGAAGAGGCUGAGCAUCAAGAAGAGGCUGAGCAUCAAGAAGAGGCUGUGCAUCAAGAAGAGGGUGUGCAUCAAGAAGAGGUUGUGCAUCAAGAAGAGGUUGUGCAUCAAGAAGAGGUUGUGCAUCAAGAAGAGGUUGUACAUCAAGUGAUGGAUGAGCUUCAGGAAGACUCUGAGCAGCCAAUGCAAGAAGAGCACCGAGAGGAAGAUGAGGAGGAAGAACCUCAAGAGGUAGACAAAGGAGCAAAGCAAGAAGGUGAGGAGCAGCAUGACGAAGAUGAAAACAAGAGUGAACAAGCCAACAUAGAAGAGCAAGAGGUGGACGAGAAGGCGGAGGAGGAGGUGGAGGAGAAGAACAAAGAAAUCUGCGACUCCGGAGCAAGUUGUGUCAGCAGCGAUGAAGAGACGGGAGACGGCCUGGAAUUCCUCAUGGAGGCUCCAGAAGGAUUUCGGAAUUCUGACGAAGACCGCGUUUCUGAAUCGCAGGAGUCGAGUGCGGAAGAGGAGCAGGAUUUGAGUCGUCGGGUGCAACUGCCCGAGGAAGAGGAGGGGCACGGUGAGGAAAAGGGAGACGACCAACACGGGCAGGACGCUGUACAUGAUGUUCAAGAGGAGGCGGAGCGUCCCACGACUCCCAGCCACUUGGCCACCACUGUGUUCUAAUUGGCCGGCAGGCAGCCACAGCCCGACCAUUUCGUCUGAACGUGCUCGUUGCCAAACUGACAACUCGACAAGCAAGCUCUUCCAUUACUGCUGAGUUUGUGCACACAUUCGCCUUGUUCUGACCCAAGAACGAUAAACACAUUUCUUGUUUUUCCAAAGUCCUCAGUCAUUCAACGCCAUUGUGCAGCCUGCGUUCAUACAUACCACUUUGUUUUAAUGAAAACAAUCCACUAAAAGCAGGCUCAGAUUAUUUAAGUGAUGAAAUAAGCCGAAGAGGAUGCUUUUUUUCUUACUCGGUGUACAAUCAAUGACUGGGGCCAGUUCUCUGCAUUUGCAGGAAUGAUGGGACUAGGAACUUUUUGCAGUGUUUUCCAGCAAGUAAAGCUCUUUUUAGGAGAGACUCUACAUAGGUCAUUCCCACGGUGCGCUAAUGUAUUCCUGUUGCUUGUGUCUUCUAAGCUACACCAGGACUUGAGCUGCCUUAUGACCAAGCAUUUUAGGGAUCCGUUCAUACAUUCAGCAGGAUUGAGUUUUAUGAUGCAAUAUGCGAUGUAAAAUUCUGUUAAAACCUGCAUGAGUGUAUCUGCCUCACACUGCCAGCAUGUCCGCUGUAAACGACGUAACAUAUUCAUUUAGGCGUGAAUUACAGCCUCAGUGGAGCACGAUCGUGUCUCAGCAUUUUUUUUUUUUUUUGAUGUCGUACAAAAAAGCCUCUUCAUUCAGAAAGUGCCUCGAGUGACGGAUGUUAAGGUUGUUAAAAACAAAGGUGAACAGGCAAAUGUUUCAGUGUUUAUUUUGGAAUUAAUUUUAAGAGUGUUCACCAGAGAUAUUUACUGUUUCAUAUAAAGAAUUGUAUAUGUCCGGAAAUGUUUAUGUUCAGAAAAGUUCAAACUUUAUAAAGUUUUCUUCAAAACAAA